AUGGAAAGUACGGGCAUUCAUCAACAAUACCAUUCUUGUGCUUCUGAUGCUGGUCAAUCAUCAUCCUCAUCACCAAAUAAUAAUCCAACUACAGUUAAAAGUCCUUUUGCUGUCGCCACAAUGGUUGCAAAUGGCUCGCCGACAAGUGACAUUAGAAAACGAGCAGUGAGUUUGGCAGAUACUUUUGAAAGAAAUGCAUUUGCUUGUUUAGAUAAUUUUCAAGGAAGAAUAACGAAAUAUUUAUCUGACAAUGAAAAGGUGAAAUAUUUAAUGAAAAGUGACGUUGAACAUGUCAAGAAGGAAAUGAAACAAAAAGAUGAAGAAAUUGAAAAGAUUAAAAUGGAGAAUCUCGUGCUGAGAACCAGAAUUGAAGAAAUGCAAAUAAGGUUAACCGAAAAUGAACGAAACCUUUCGUCUGUAAAAUACGAAAAUGAUUCCACCGUGAAAAAAAAUGUAAAACUCGAAUGUAAAAUAGAAGAACUAGAUCAUUCCAUGACAGAAAUGAUUAAAAUGAAAGAUUCAGUCAUCCACUCGCUCACCGAUCAAUUCUCAAUUCUUUGUAAAGAAUUAACAGAACGUGAAGGGUCAAUUAUGGAAUUAUAUAAGAAACAAUUAUUAGAAAAUCAACAGUUAGAUGUGAAAUCACAACAAUUGCAAAAUAAGGUUAAGCAAAAUUUGAAAGAACUUGCAAAAUUGACUAAUUUGGUAAGUCAACUGCAAAUGGAAAGUGUAAAGAGUAAGAAAGAAUACGAAAGUUCAAUUCAAAAAUUAAGGGAAGAAUAUAAGAAUCAACUAGGUAAAGUUUCAGAAAUGCAACAGAGUUUCCUUCCACAACAUUAUGUGGACACCGACGACGACUUGACGAAACAAAAAGUUUUUUACGAAACUCAAAUAAUUUCACUAAAAAAGGAAUUGAAACAAUUGCAAGACAGAUACGAAACUCAAAGAAAACUAUCCAAUGAAUCGAAUGAGACUUUAUUAAGGACGCUGUCAGAUAGAAAUGGUGAAAUUUCAAAACUCAAGUCAGUCGUUAUUUCCUUAAAUGAUCAACUUGCUGAACUGAAAUCUCAACUGGCAGAAUCUAGACAAUUGAAAAAGACUGGAUCUGCUACUCAUCUCCAAAUUAUCAUUCCUCCUUCACCUACCAUGCCAGUUGCCUUGUCUCCAACAGGAGCUUUGGCUGCUGCAAAUUCACCUCCUGUGAAAAAUACUGAAUUAUUUUAUAAACUACACAUGUAA